AUGGAAGCGGACAUCCGGGAGCUAUACGACAGCGACCCACGGCCAACCUUUGUCGUCGACUGCCAAGCCCCGACUGCCAUCGUAUAUCAUGUCAACACCGCCCUACUCACGAUUCAACAUAUCGCAUCAUCGCUGCAUUCACAUUCUGCGCUGAGAGACUGGUGGGAUCCUGCCAGUAGAGUUGCAGCACGCCAUCAAAAUGAGUUCCUGCAUGGCCGAUACAAAUGGGCCAAAUUCGCAUGCAAGCGCUGGUUGAUUGUCACCAUCAUCGAGCAGCCAGCGCCAAAUGAUGAACAGCAUGGCCACCUGCAGGAGCCCGCGCAAUUUGCCCGAGGGAGGCUGCCUUCACCACGUCUGCAACCAGUGCCAGACACCAUCUUUACCGUCAAAAUUCAAUCGCCAGAAUUACGCGCACAUGUCGAACAUAUACGAAAUGUCAACUGGUCUAAGACGUCACUUGGCCCGAUCAGUUCAUGGGGUUAUGAACUCAACGUUCUGGUCACCACACUGAUGCUGGAAACGCGGCCAACGGCUCUCUUCCUUGGUCCCGAGCAUACCAUACUGUACAAUCUUGCGUAUGCCUCCGUUAGUGGCUCAAGGCAUCCCGCUAUCCUUGGUCAAAGUAUUAUUGAUGCUUGGCCUGAACUCGCCGAUCCUGUUAGUGCCACGAUGGCUCGCUCAGAGCAGACGCGUUUCGCAGAUGCUCCAGAAGAAGAGUAUCAUUUCAUGGUUGAGCGAUUUGGCUUUGUAGAGGAAGCCUUCUUCAUGUGGAGCUUGGUACCCCUUGUCGGUGUUCACAUCGACGGCAUGUACUCCAUCGUGACUGAGGUGACGAAACAAAGAUUGUUGGAACGACGUGUCGCUGCCCUGCUCAAAGUAGGCCAACUGACUAGCAAGGCAAGAAGCACCAAAAGUUUCUGGCACAGCUUGGCCGAUGCCGUCAGGCCUUUCGAAUACGACUUUCCGGCCGCCGUUUUAUAUUCACAGUGCGAAUUACACGAUAUGGCGGAAAACGAUAUCUCACCGAGAGGAGCACUUAGUAAAUGUACGCUCGAAUGGGCCAUUGGCUACAAGCCUAACCACCCGGCCAUACCUCCGCAAUUGGAUCUCAGCAGCGACGACGGCUUAGCCUGCGCCAUGCGAGAUGCGGCAAGCGACGGGACCGCACUUAUGUAUCAGGAAAAGGAGGGUAUAUUGCCGCAGUCGCUAUACCAUGAUCUCGAGAAGCGAGGCUUUGGAGAUCCCCUGAAACAUUUCAUUGUUGUUCCGAUCAGGACCUACGACGAAACUAUAGUAGGGUACCUUCUACUCGGCCUGAAUACGCGGCGACCGUUUGACGACGAGUACAAGGACUGGAUCAAGGUGUUUUCCAACUUGCUCGGUGCCUCUGCGGCCUCAGUAGCGCUUCACGAGGAAGAGAUCAGGAAACGCGAACUCCAGGAAGAACAAGCUGCGAGGGAUAGAGCAGCUCUUAAUGCAGAAGUUGCGAAUCUCACACUGGAAGCCAGUCACGUAGCUGAAAAGCUCCGCAACUUUCACGAUAUCGCGGACGAAGUUGGCCUGGGGUACUUUGAGAUCGAUGUCAAUGGCAUAUUGCUUCAUGCUAACGGAACGUACUUUGCUCAGACUGGCCACCGGAGAGACUUUCUCGAGGUCCCGGUAUCGGCUUACAAGGAGUGCGUCUUUGAGGAGGACCUAGCCAUGGUGGAUAGCCAAUGGAAAAUGCUUGUAUCCGGCGAACCGGCGACAUUUGAGAUACGAUGGAAGCGACCAGAUCAGAACCAUCAGAGCGGAGAAGCUGCCGACGACGUUCUCUGGACAUUGUCAGCAUGUAUGCCUAUCAAAGGCGCAAACGGGCUAGUCACAGGCAUAUUUGGAUGCAACACCGACAUCAGUGCUCAGAAAGAAGCGACUAAAUCCGUACUAUUGCGAUCGGAAGCAGAGCGACGUCUAGCUUCCUUUACGGAGCUCGUACCAGUGGGUUUAUAUCAUCUCAACCCAGACUUGACGAUGAGAUAUGUCAACGACCAGUGGUUCCGCAUUACCGACCAUCCCAAAGUGCCCAUCGAUCAAGUAGAAUGGCGAACUAUUAUCGAUGACGAUUUGAUAGAGCGAUGUGUUCAUGAAGUCGAGGUCGCCAGACGCAUAAGAGGACCACAUACCUUCACAAUAAACCUCAAGAAGAGGUGGAUGGGUCCUGACGGUAUUGAAACACCCACUUGGAUUCUUGUCAGCGAGACGGCGUAUCCCGAUGAGACUGUGACGGGAACAAUGACUGAUGUCAGUCACAUGGUAUGGCUUGAAGCUAUUCAGAAGAACAGAGUCGGAGAAGCGCUCGAGGCGAAAAGGCAGCAGGAGAACUUCAUUGAUAUGACGUCUCACGAGAUGCGGAAUCCAUUGAGCGCGAUGGUACAAUGCGCGGACUCCAUAUACUCAUCCCUGAACGAGAUGAGUGGACUCGCGAGCGGAGAGGCCUUGGCGUUACCUGUCAUUCAGACACAACUAAAAGGCUUGAUCAGCACCAGUAUGGACGCAGUGGAUACGAUACAAGCGUGCGCUACGCAUCAAAAGCGAAUUGUGGACGACAUCCUUACUCUGUCAAAACUGGACUCAAAGCUGCUGGUCAUCAGUCCCAUAGUGUUACAACCCUCGGUUCUUCUACAAGACGCCUACAAGAUGUUCAAGGACGAGGCGAACAAAGCUCGCGUGAACCUGGAAGUAAGAUGCGACUCGUCCAUCACGGAUUUGAACAUUGAUUGGGCGAUACUGGACCCCAGCCGAGUUUUACAGGUCCUCAUUAACUUGCUCACCAACGCCAUCAAGUUUACCCAAAGCCAAGAGAUCCGCAAGGUCGAAGUAAUCAUGAGCGCAUCACGCGAGGCAGAACAGAUGCCCGAUGUCGAGUAUGUGCCUCAGGAAGCCGUCAGAAAAGAUUUCCUGACUCAGGCCGAGUGGAACAACGCUGGCGAGCCGUUUUAUCUACAUUUUACUGUCAAAGAUACAGGAUGCGGUCUGUCUCCCGAGCAUAAAGCCAAACUGUUCCUACGCUUUUCGCAGGCGACCCCAAAGACACAUGUUCAGUAUGGCGGCUCAGGCUUAGGCCUGUUCAUCUCGCGCGAACUCACCGAAAUGCAAGGCGGAAGCAUCGGCGUAUCCUCCGUUCACAAUGUUGGAUCAACAUUCACAUUCUACAUCAAAUCACGGAGGGCAAAAGAUCGAGGUGCCCUUUCAACCACAAACGGCCACAAGAGGAAAGAUAGCCUGUCGAGUCGGUCCAAGGCUCAGAUCGUCCAGGGCGAUGUCAAAGCCCCCGAUGGAGCACUGCCUAUCGCCGUCCCCAUGGAAGAUCAGGAAGAUGAGAAAGUAAUCAAUGACCACAAAUACCACAUACUCAUCGUAGAGGACAACCUCAUAAAUCAACGCGUCCUAUCCACCCAACUCAAAAAGCUGGGACACACAAUUCACGUCGCAAACCACGGUUUUGAGGCUCUCUCCCAGCUAUCGCGCACAUCGUUCUCUCCGACACCAAGCGAAACACCGCCUCUUCCGCUCUCCGUUGUGCUUAUGGACGUUGAGAUGCCCGUAAUGGACGGCUUGACCUGCACUAGGCGAAUACGGGAGAUGGAGAAGAAUGGCGAGUUGAGUGGGCAUGUGCCGAUUAUCGCGGUCAGUGCGAACGCGAGAAGAGAACAGAUUGAUAUGGCGAAGGAGGCAGGCGUGGAUGAGGCGAUCUGUAAACCUUUCCGCAUCCCGGAGUUGGUGGCGUUGAUCCGGGGACUGGGGGUUUGA